UGUUACUAGCGUCAAUCAUUGGAAUCGGCUCCAAUGACGCCAGUCUGGAAACUGUUGCUGUUGUCGCGGGUGGGUUGACAUACAUCGGUGCGUUUGAGGAUGUGAGUGAUUUAACCGCGUCCUGAUCGCCGGAGCGCGUGUGUGCUGACAGACAUCAUCAUGCUCAAAGUCUCUCGGUGAUCCAGUCCUUCCCAUGAUUCCACACCAGGCCGCCCCAUGCCAGCCCGUAACCACGGCGACCACUCGCCCCCGUGAGCCCCUCCUCUGUCGCCCGGCGGCCGUUUGAGUGGAUGAGGAACCCGGCCUCCAGUGAUGUGAUGCACAGGUUUGAGGUUCUUGGGAUUGUGGGGGAAGGAGCUUACGGCGUGGUCCUGAAGUGCAGACACAAGGAGACGAAUGAAAUCGUGGCCAUCAAGAAGUUCAAGGACAGUGAAGAAAAUGAGGAGGUGAAGGAAACCACCAUGCGGGAGCUGAAGAUGCUCCGGACGCUGAAGCAGGAGAACAUCGUGGAGCUGAAGGAGGCGUUUCGGCGGCGGGGGAAACUCUACCUGGUGUUUGAGUAUGUGGAGAAGAACAUGCUGGAGCUGCUGGAGGACAUGCCUAACGGUGCUCCACCUGACAAGGUCCGCACGUACAUCUACCAGCUGAUCAAAGCCAUUCACUGGUGCCAUAAGAACGACAUCGUCCACAGAGAUAUCAAGCCGGAGAAUCUCCUCAUCAGCUCUGACGAUGUGCUCAAGCUGUGCGACUUCGGUUUUGCGCGGGAUCUCUCUGAAGGCACCGAUGCGAACUACACUGAGUAUGUGGCGACCCGAUGGUACCGCUCACCAGAAGCUGCUGCUGGGGUGAGUGUGGCGCCGUACGGUAAGGCGGUGGACAUGUGGUCAGUGGGGUGUAUUCUGGGCGAGCUGAGCGACGGUCAGCCUUUGUUUCCGGGUGAGAGUGAGAUUGACCAGCUCUUCACCAUCCAGAAGGUCCUGGGACCCCUGCCGCCCGAACAGAUGAAGCUCUUCUACAGCAACCCACGUUUUCACGGGCUACGGUUUCCCUCAGUGAGCCAUCCACAGACGCUGGAGAGACGAUAUCUUGGAAUCAUCAGUCCGAUCCUGCUUGACCUGAUGAAGAACCUGUUGUUGUUGAACCCGAAUGAGCGCUAUCUGACUGAACAGAGUCUGAACCACCACGCCUUCCAGACUCAGCGCCUGACGGAGCGGCCCGGCCCGCUCACGCCCACACCCAUCCGCUCCUCCAAGAGGAAACCGCUGCUGGACAACAGCGCCCCCAGCAGGGGUCAUAUUGUCAAGAGUUCAAGUCACCAUCGCUCAAACAGUCGCGACUGCUCCAGUCUACCCCGUCAUGGGCACGAAGACCUCCACCCACCCAGCUCUGAAGCAUUCCUGAACGGGUCGGUACCGUCCACCAACAGCCUGAGCCCAGUUAUGCACCCCAAAUCCUUUCAACCGCUCAACCGCUCGGCAUCGUGUGGUAAAGACUUGGCCAGCCUGCAGCACGCUAAAGAGGCUAAAUCAAAAAUGGGUGAUUUUGACUUCGGGAAACCGCCAGAUGGCCCGGGGGCCAAGUACUUGAAAUCGAACACGCCUCGUUCCCAGAACCGCCAUUCCUUUGUGGAGGGCAAAAACAGCACGCUAACUGGGGACCGGGAGAAACAGACCCGUCAUGGUUAUGGCGAGUCGACUGCGUCAUCCUCUUCGGGCGGAAAGGGGUCAUCCUCAUACCUGAGUUUGUCCAAGAGUCACGGAGUGCUUAGUGACGCCAAAUCCGUGAGCAACCUCAGCGACAUGCGACUGCACCCGGACGACCCCUCCGGCUCUCCCCGCUAUUUCCCCAGCAGCUGCUUAGACCUUAACAUGAACCUGAACUUGCCGGCACCGGGCAGCCCAUCCAUGCAACAUGGGGGACACAGUCCCGCUGUGGGACGUCGCAGCAAACUGGAACGGGACGGAAGCACGGCGGAGCCUUCCACCCGCCGCUCCUCGUCACGAAAGAGCCAGCAGCAGAGCGACGGAAACCCUGCUGAUCCGCUCGACUCCGGAGUGGGACUGUCUCUUUCGGCUCCUCAAGAUUUCCCCUAUGGUGUGGGCUACACCAGCCCGUUUUCCUCCCAGCAGCGGCCGCACAGGCAUUCCAUGUACGUGCGGAGGGAACGUGGGCGUCCCCAUGGGGGCGAGACGGGCGGAUUGGCAGUGGGGCAGGGGAUGCCCACCAGGGCCAGCAGUCUACAGCUACUGACCCCUCAACUACAGCAUCGAACCCUGCCGAGACACAUGGGCAGCGCCGUGUCACGGGAUGCAGGAUUAGACCAGACCGACCCCGCAGCCGCAGAGGUCAGUCACACGCGGCCUUUAAUCCGGGAGUCCACACGGGACAACACCACCACCUUUCACACACCACGGCAAAAAAGCGAGGGAGGCGUGUAUCACGAGCAGCUCACGGAUGACAGCGGAUCCGCCAAAGAGAACCGCAUGAUGUACGCCGACUCUGUGCCGCGACGGGUCGGGAGCUUCUACAGGGUGCCGUCACCCAGACCCGAUAACUCGUUCCAUGAGAGUUCAGGGGUCACGAUAGACAGCAGCCACAACAUACACCAACCAACCUAUGACCCCUGGACGGGGUCAGAGACGCUGGACGUGAGCCCUCCAGAACCCACCAAAGAGAAAGAGAAACAAGGCUUCUUCAGAUCCAUGAAGAAGAAGAAGAAGAAGUCACAAGCCACAGACACUGCUGAAGAGCGACUUCCAGUCAUGAGGAAAGCUCUGUUUCCUCUGUUUCACUCUCAGAGGAGCUUCACGCGGAGCUCCUCUGAGAGAGAGCGUCCCCUAGUGGCCACACCGAUGGUGGCGAGCGAGGGGCCGGAUCAGGUGCUGAUUCAGAAGUCGUCGCGCUCGUACGGACACCAGGGCAGCAGACAUCGCACUCGGAGCCGGGACCGGGAGCGCAGCCGGGACAGAGAGCCGGAUCCGGAGCGAGAGCGGGACGCGGACUGGCCCGUGGAGAGAACGCCUGACACUCACUCUCAGCCUCUGAGGUCUCUGCGGAAGCUCCUUCAUCUCACCACCUCCUCCUCCUCGUCCUCCAACCAAACCUCAGCAGAUCUCCACUACCCUCUGCCCCCGCAGUCCUCCUCCAAAGGCGGGAGUUUCGUGGAGCCUCGCGGCCUCGGCUCCAUGCAGUCCAAAAGCCGGCAGGCGGCGUACGCGGCCCCGGGGCCCCUGGAGUCCGGCUGGCACUCCACCGCUCUGGGCCGUCCCGAGGGAAACCCGUAUCCCGAGCAGCUGACCUCCAAACCGGGCUUCGCUCGCCACUUUCGUUCGCGUUUGCCAAACCUGAAUGACCUUAAAGAGACUGCGCUGUGAACGGCGCCCCCUAAUGGACCUUUUCUUCUUACAUAUUAAGGAUAGGCCUAUAUGUCCCCAUCUUUAUUUUUGUUGGCUUUUUUUAGUUUUUAAUAUUUGAUAGCACUUCUUGUAUUAUUUAUGUAAUUACUGUAUUUUUUUGUUUUUGGAUAACUACAGUCUAAAAGAAGAUUAUAUAGCUCUAUGGGAAUACAUGGGAAUAUAUAUAUAUAUAUAUAUAUAUAUAUAUAUAUAUAUAUAUAUAUAUAUAUAUAUAUAUAUAUAAUAUGUAUAGCACUGUACGUGCAGGCUUCAGUUUCUACUCUGGUUGUAGUAUAUAUAUAUUAUCUGAUUCUGCAUAGUAACUCUUAUAUUUGGCUAAAAUGUAUAGACGACAGUAUUGACAUUUAUUUUAUAGUUCUAGAAUAAGACUACACGGUAUAUAUAGAUAUUACGACUUUGUCUUUGAGUAUUUUCUGUUUACAAUUCAGUGAAUAUCAAUAGAUAUUAAGAGUAACAGUAAUUAAUGGUAAGAAUGCGUACGUUUGCGUGAUUCUGUGUACGUGUGCUUCACAGAUAGCGCACGUAUGUUGCUUUAAACUAGGGCUGUCAUUAACGAUUACUUUGGUAAUUGAGCAAUAAUUCGAUUAUUCUGAGUAAUCGAACCUCCGCCUUUAUGUAUUAUAACAAAUGCCUGCAGAGGGCGCCAGUCAGUGUUGCCAAGUCUGCGGUUUUCCCGUGGAAUCGGGCUACUUUAACACUGCUGCCGCGGGUUUGUUUUUCACGUCCGCAGGUUGAAGCAUUGAUAACAUGAUAUU